AGCAAAAGAUGGGUCACACCAGUGGUAGGUGAUCACAUCCUCAAGUUAGGCACCAGGUAAGAAUAGAAUGGAUAUUAGUUAUAUAUAUUUAUUGAUAAUUUAAUUAGUAAUGCCUACACUUUAAACAUUUAAUAUAUUUUAUCUCUUAUAUAUAUUUUUAGAUGACUAUUGAAAGUGGAGAUGAGCCAGAUAGAAUCAAGCUUUUUAAAAAGACACACACCAAAAAGAGUGGAGAGAUAGUAGACUCUACAUCUUCAUAUAUAAUCGUAUGUCUUUCUAAAAUUUGAAAGUUGUAGAUUCAUAUUUUGUUUCUUUUACUUGUUGACUUAUAUAACUAACUUGUGAAAUGUUUCUUAAGGAACAAAUGGAUGAAAGGUUGUCACAAAUACUCACUGAUGAACAAACCCCAGAUUCGCUAGAGGAUGUCUUUACUCAAAUACUAGGCAAAGAUGGGCAUGGCAGGGUAAGGAUGGGAGGACUUGGAACAUGCCCAACUAAGGUUAGACAAAGACAACAGUAUCAGGUGCCCCAAGAGCAGUAUGACCAAAUGCGUGUGCAAAUUACUGUCGAGCUAGAAGAAAAAUUUCAAGUUCAAAUCCAAAGUCAAGUUCAAAUGCAAGUUUGUGCAAUACUUGAGGCAAUGGGACAUACACCACCGGCUCUAGACAAUACACCACAACCGAGACAGUCAUCCUCACAUGCUAGUGCUUCUGCCACACAUGCAAGCACACCAUCACCCGAAGCUGAAUGCGCUGGAUUAUCGACACCAGAAUGUGAUCAUUAUUUAGAGAUCGAAAAAAUAUGAUAUGCAAUUUUGGUUGGAGUAGCAUGGUGGCGUAAUCAGGGGUUAUCUGAGGUUACUUGGACAUGUUUUAGUUUAGAGUUGAUUUGUAUGUGCAAAAAUGGUAUUGUGUCAGACAGAGACAAGA